AUGGAGAACCACCCAAACAGAUUCAAACAUGAGCGCAGUGCAAGGAAUUCCCCCCUCCCCUACCCCGCUGAACUCUCUUGGCUUUUAUCCCUUUAUCUAAAGGUUAAAGUCGUAAUUAUGUCAGAGAGUCAGACGGGUAAUGGAGCUCACACUGUUCAGUCCCAUGGCAAAGAACUCGCAAGAGAGCAUAUGCAUGAUUGGUUGGUCCUUUUGCUCUUAGUAUCACUCGAAUUGUUCCUAAACCUUAUCGAACCUUUCCAUCGUUAUGUCGGGGAAGAAAUGAUGACCGAUAUGAAAUAUCCAUUUUACCAAAAGGAUACCAUUCCUAUGUAUGCAGUUCCGUUAUAUGUAGGAGUAUUACCAUGUAUGGUAUUCCUCAUGUAUUACAUGCGUAGAAGAGAUGUCUAUGAUCUACACCAUGCUGUCCUUGGUCUUUUCUACUCAGUUCUGAUAACCGCAGUCAUCACUGACUCGAUAAAAGAUGCCACGGGUAGACCACGACCAAAUUUCUUCUAUAGGUGUUUUCCUGAUGGUAGAGCGGAGUUCGGCGAGGAUGGAGAUGUUAAAUGCCAUGGAGAUAAAAUGAUAAUUAAGGAAGGGUAUAAGAGCUUUCCUAGCGGGCACACUUCAUGGUCCUUUGCGGGUCUUGGCUUCCUUUCUUGGUAUUUAUGUGGAAAACUUAGAGCCUUUGAUAACAAAGGUCAUGCUGCAAACCUCUGUAUCGUUGUGUCUCCAUAUCUUUUCGCUGCACUUGUUGGAGUGAGUCGUGUGGAUGACUAUUGGCAUCACUGGACAGACGUUUUUACCGGAGCAAUCAUAGGAACGAUCGUUGCUGCAUUUUGCUACUUACAGUUCUUCCCAUUCCCGAAUCACGAAAAUGGUUGGGCGCCACAUGCAUUUUUCGCGAUGAUGGAAAGGGAACGCUCCAGAGAGGCUGCAAAUGCACACCAUGAUUUGGAAGCCUAGAAAGGGAGAAGAGACAUUGAGCUACAUUUUAUGGAGAUUGUCGUAUAUACACAAAAAAUAGCUUAGUUUGCAUCUGCACAUGGAAUAUAGACGGGUGAUAGUGUUUUAGAGAUAUAUCAUGCGAAAUAUUGCUUGCUUGAGCUUCUGAACUUAGUGUUGGGAU